AGGGGUUUCCACUUUUGUUUCCUCCUCAUUUUUCUCUUGCCGCCACCAUGAAAGAAGUGCCUUUUGCCUCCCGUCAUGAUUCUGAGGCCUCCCCAGCCAUGUGGAACUGUGGUGAAGCUCCUUAUGGUCCUGACCCUACAGUUCCUGUCCCAUGACCAGGGCCAGAUCACCAAGGAGCUGCAGCAGUUCGUAGUCAGUGGCAGCCCCAUGCGAGCACCCGAGGAAGAGUUUGAACAACUGACUCUUGAUGGACACAACCUUCCUUCUCUCGUCUGUGUGAUAACAGGCAAAGGGCCUCUGAGGGAGUAUUACAGCCGCCUCAUCCACCAGAAGCAUUUCCAGCACAUCCAGGUCUGCACCCCCUGGCUGGAGGCCGAGGACUACCCUCUGCUUCUAGCAGGGUCGGUGGAUCUGGGUGUCUGUCUGCACACAUCCUCCAGUGGCCUGGACCUACCCAUGAAGGUGGUGGACAUGUUCGGGUGCUGUUUGCCUGUGUGUGCCGUGAACUUCAAGUGUUUACAUGAGCUGGUGAAACAUGAAGAAAAUGGCCUGGUCUUUGAGGACUCAGAGGAACUGGCAGCUCAGCUGCAGAUGCUUUUCUCAAACUUUCCUGAUCCUGCGGGCAAGCUAAACCAGUUCCGGAAGAACCUGCGGGAGUCGCAGCAGCUCCGAUGGGAUUAGAGCUGGGUGCAGACUGUGCUCCCUUUGGUUAUGGACAAAUAACUCCUGGGCCAGAGGCUAAAACCCCGAGACCCCUGCUGUCCUUCCCGCAGCUUCUUCUCGGAGUCUCAGGGCAAAUCCUUUUGAGCAGCGCCUCCCAGUGGCCAGAAGCUGAAAUGACGGCAGUGGUGCCGCCUGGUGAAUGAAUUGGUUCUGUGACCCGGGAAGCUGUGCUUGGCUCUGAUUUCUUUUCUGGAGGCUCGGAAACACUUCCUCUCUUCUUCUGUUCUUCAUGCCCCAUGCCCCUGCUAGCGUAUUACUGUUCUGUGACUUCCCUGUGACCUUUGCAGUACUCCUCAUCCUGCGUUUGGUCUCCAGGUGUCACCUUUCUGCCAUGUUCCUAACAUUUUGAUUCCUGUCUUUAAAAAAGCACCUGCUGCACCAUAAGCCCAGGGAUGUGGCAGCUGCAGCGGGCUUGGGUUUGUGAAGAACCGAGUGUGUCCACCGAUGUGGCAGCUGCAGCGGGCUUGGCUUUGUGAGGAACCAAGUGUGUCCACCGAUGUGGCAGCUGCAGCGGGCUUGGCUUUGUGAGGAACCGAGUGUGUCCACGGAUGUGGCAGCUGCAGCGGGCUUGGCUUUGUGAGGAACCGAGUGUGUCCACGUUGGGGGAACAUCAUACUUGAUACACACGUUUUUAUUUGCACAAAGAAAAUGCUAUUUUUGGAGCCAGAGUUUUCAUGUCUGAUUGAUGGCGAUUUUCUUAAGAACCAGAACUGCUGGCAGAAAGGGAGCACGCACACGCUUAGAUAGCCGAUGUCUUAUCAGAGGGCAGUUUGUGGUUCCUGAUUUGGAAAUUAACAUUCUCCAAACAUUCCAGUCCAAUGAAAGUUUUAUCCGCUUUCCCAUAUAAAAACUCUUCCUAUGAGAGUGACUUGAUUCUCACAAUCCCGUUGGAGUCGUGUGUGAGUCCUACAGUGUGAGGUUCAGCAUUGCCAUCUCCAAGUGCUCUUCGUAGGGAAAGAGUUUCUGGUCAUGACGAGGUUCCACUUCCCAUCUGAUCCUGGCCCGGCCUGGAAACAGCACAUGUGUUUCAGGAUGGCAGUGUUUGGGGACAGGACAUGAGCAUAUUGUGUGGGGCUGCUAGGACAGGCCUGGCGGGGUAGGGGGGUGUCCAAGUCAGUUUACUUGGUUCACAGGUUCCCAGGCCCACCCAGGUACCUAGAAUUGGCCUCCAGGAUGGGACCAGAGAUCUGCUUUUGCAUAGAAAUGGCUAGCAGCAGGCACCGUGCCGCUGUCCAGUCUCUGCCCGCGUCUGCCCCAGCACUUGGCACAGCGGGACAGACGCAGAGAUCUGAACCCACAUCUACCUGGCUGCUCAGUCAACCCACUCUUCACAAAGCUUAGAAAGCGGCCGGGCACAGUGGUUCACGCCUGUAAUCCCAACACUUUGGGAGGCCAAGGCGGGUGGAUCACUUGAGAUCAGGAGUUCGAGACCAGCCUGGCCAACAUGGUGAAACCUCAUCUCUACAAAAAUACAAAAAUUAGGCAGGCACAAUGGCGGGUGCCUGUAAUCCCAGCUACUUGGGAGGCUGAGGCAGGAGAAUUGCUUGAACCCAGGAGGCGGAGGUUGCAGUGAGCCGAGAUUGUACCACUGCACUUGAGCCUGAGUGACAGAGUGAGACUCCAUCUCAAAAAAAAAAAAAAAAAAAUCACACACACACAGCUUAGAAGGGGCUGGUGUUCUCAUAAGCACAGAUGUCUGAAGAGCCGUUAGCCAGAAUGAUUCUUUUUUUUUUUUUUUUUUGAGAUACGAUCUUGUUCUGUCACCCAGGCUGGAGUGCAGUGGCACAGUCAUUGCUCACUACAGCCUCGACUCCUGGGCUCUAGCAAUCCUCCCACUUCCUGAGUAGCUGGGAUGACAGGUGCGUGCCACCAUGCUAGUAAUUUUUUUAUUUUGUAGAGAUGGGGUCCUGAAUGCACGGCCUCAACUGAUGCUCCUGCCUCAGACUCUUUUAUUAUUAUUUUUUUAGACAGAGUUUUACUCUGUUCCCAAGGCUGGAGUGCAGUGGUGCAAUCUCAGCUCACUGCAAUGCAUCCCAGGUUCAAGUGAUUCUCCUGCCUCAGUCUCCUGAGUAGCUGGGAUUAUAGGCAUGCACCGCCACGCGUGGCUAAUUUUUGUGUUUUUAGUAGAGAUGGGGUUUCUCCGUGUUGGCCAGGCUGGUCUUGAACCCUUGACCUCAAGUGAUCCGCUCACCUCAGCCUCCCAAAGCCUCUGCCUCUUACAGUGUUGGGAUUACAGGCGUGAGACACUGUGACCCGGGAUGAUUUUCAUCACAGUUUUUUGUUACGAGUGGAAAAUGUGUAUUUAUAAAAAUGAAGUAGUACAGA